GCCCUCCCCUUUCUCCUCUCUCGCCUUCCCCUCUACCGUAGGUGCCCUCGUGCCGCUCUCUUGAGCAUGCUGCUACUGGCGCCAGAGGGAUUGGAACCCCUCCCUCUCUCUCCUUCCCCUACCUUACCGUGGUACACACGUGCCUUCGUACCGCUCUCCUGAGCGUGCUGCGCCUGGCGGGAGAGGGAUUUGAAACCCUCCCUCCCUCUCUCUCCUUCCCCUACCCUACCGUAAUAUACACGUGCCCUCGUGCCGCCGCUCUCUUGAGCGUGCUGCAAGUGGCGGCAGAGGGAUUCGAUCCCCCGACAGGCGAGAGGCUCAGAGACUCAGGCGGCGACCGACAGGCGAGAGGCUCAGAGAAUCAGGCGGCGACCGACCGACAGGCGAGAGGCUCUCAGAGACUCAGGCGGCGACCGACAGGCGAGAGGCUCACAGACUCAGGGUCGGCGACCGACCGACCGACAUUGUGACGCGACAGGAAGGUUUCAGCUAUGGCGGACGGAACGAGUGAGGCGCGGCCGACGGGGGAUGCUGCUGCCGCAUCCAGGGAUCAGCAGCAACAGAGCAGAGCGUUGGAUUCCAUAACAGAUCACGUGGAGGAGCGCCAGCUGGACUCUGCCAGGGUGCAACAGGCGAUGGCCUCCAUCACCGCUGCAAGCGAAGCGGAUCGUCGAGCACAGCUGGCAAGAGAACGUGAGCUUGCAGCUGUCAGAAUCAAUGGCGCCGAUGUGGACAUCAUCGUUUCCGAGCUGGAAUUGGAGAAGAAGGUGGCUGAAAGCAUGCUGAGGGAGCAUAAAGGAGAUGUAGUGGCAGCCCUUCGAUCGUUCUUAUGAUCGCAUGAACGGCUGCUGAUCGACUCUUUGCCAAAUACAGUAUCAUUCUCUAAGCCUCUUUUUUUUUACCACCCCCCUGACUGGUUACCUGUAGGAAAAACCCUUAUUGUUUUGAGAAACAUAUAUACAUAUUAAAGAAAAUAAGAAUCAACAUUUUGGAAUUGAUGUCAGUCAGCGAAACGCCUCUCCGCUUCUGGCGACGGCCGCCAUAUCCUCACUCGUCCUCUCUCCUUUGCCUCCUUUGCCUCAUUCUCUCUUCCUAAUCCUCCUUGCCUUGUGGUAUGCACUUGUGCCCUCCUCCUUUGCCUCCUCUGCCUCCUCUUCAUUCUCUCUUCCGAAGCCUCCCUCCUUGUGAUACCCUUGUUAUCCUUUCCCACCAUCUCUUCAUCGUUAACCCCGGAGAAGAAAAGAGAACCCAUGUUAAGGCUCCUUCGAUCUAGGGCUAUGGCCUACUUCUCCAUCCGUUCUCUCUUACGAAGCCUCCUCUUCGUUCUCUCUUCCUAAGCGGCCUAUAUCACGCACAGAGAAAGAGUAAUAGACACCGAACAGCGGAAAAAAGAGAGACCAAAUCGGGGGGGGGAGGGGGGAGGUGGAGAGGAGUAGAAAGCUACCUUUCUCUCCUUUCUGACCUUCUCUUCACCAAAAAAAAGAUCCUUAAAACAGAAAGAGAGAAUUGAUGACAUUCUGAGGUCCCAUUGGUAAUAGGGAUAUGAUCCCCUUCCCCAUCCGUCCUCCUUUCUGCCUCCCUUUUCAUUCCCCCUCUUCCUAAAGAGCCUGCUUGUGCUACCCUCUCUCUCUCCUUUUUCACGUUCUCUUCAUGACCUAAUUUCCCCAUCAUCUCGACCCCCCCUUGUCUCAUCUCGACCUCCCUUGUCG